GAGCCAUUUUGAUCGGAUUCUCGGCGGUCUUGACCAGAGUAGUCUGAUCAGUCCUAGGCGAGUAAUGGAUUCCGUGCUUCUCGCCGUACGGUCUCUCUCUGUGUCUGAGUCUUAUAUCGUCUGUCGCAUCUCUGUAUCCGAGUCUCUCUGUCUUCUCAAUGCUCUCGGUCCUGUGGCGUUGUUUCUCUUGUCGAUACUCUUGAUGCUCCUGAUCUCCUUGAUCCUCUUGUCGAUGCCCUUGAUACUCUUGUCCUUCUUGUCGAUGCCGAUUGUCGUAUGUCUGUCUCUCCUUGAUACUGUGCUCUGUGCUCUGUGCUCUCUUAUCUCUCUGUAUCUUAUCUUCUAAAUAAGAGUUCAAGAGCUGUGUGCCGAGCUGUGUGCCAAGUCCCUAUCCAUAUCCUGUUGAUAAGGCCGUCGUGGCUUCGGCAGUCUCGGAAGCCUGUACUUCCUCUUCGAAUUCCCACAUUCGCUGUCCUUAUCGUCGAUUCGUAGCCAGAAACUUUGGAGCCCCGCCCUUCUGAGUUUGUCGGUCUUAACUCUAUGUCCGAGGCUUCCGUGUCUUCCGUGUCCUUAGCAGAAGCAUUUGGGGUCUCCAUCAUUCCCUCUUCGCGACUGAUUGGUUGUCUUCAAUAAUCGCGAUCCGACGAGAGAUCCUGAAGAGUACAGUCCGCUGAGCGAGAGAUUCAGUGCCGUGAAGCCUCCCUCUGAUCACCAUUGA